UGUCUUGUAUAGUAUAGUGUUAUUUAUGUCUGUAUUGUCUUGUCACUUCCGCCCACAUUAAACAUGGCGGCUUCCUUGCUGGAGAACCUGGCGGAAUAUUUAGGCUCACCCGAAUCGGCAGUUCGACUCAUCCUUUCUAUUUUAAUAGUGAGAGAGCUCGGAGAUCUACCGUGCUGCCGCACAUAAUCACGGAAACUCCCGGCAGCGCCACUUCCGCCCACAUUAAACAUGGCGGCUUCCUUGCUGGAGAACCUGGCGGAAUAUUUAGGCUCACCCGAAUCGGCAGUUCGACUCAUUCUUUCUAUUUUAAUAGGUUAUCCUUUUGCACUGGUGUACCGGCAGUUUCUGUUCCAUCAGUCUCCAUCCGUCAUUCAUCUAUUUCACGUUUUCUCGGGCCUCUCCUUGGCCGUGUUCAACUUUGGGUCUCAGGUGUAUCACUCUGCAUUAUGCAUAAUCAUCCAGUUCCUGCUGCUGAGACUUAUGGGAAGAACCGUCACUGGUGUCCUGAGCAGCUUUAUAUUCCAAAUGACAUACCUCUUGAUUGGUUAUUACUACACAGCUACACAAGAGUAUGAUAUCAAGUGGACCAUGCCCCACUGUGUCCUCACCCUAAAACUCAUCGGUUUGUCAUUUGAUUACUAUGAUGGAGGAAAAGAACCAUCUCAGUUGAGCGCAGAGCAGAAGGCCGCUGCUCUUCCCUCUACUCCGUCUCUGUUGGAGGUUUGUGGAUUCUCGUACUUCUACGGUGGCUUUUUGGUAGGACCUCAGUUCACACUGCGCAACUACUUGCGCCUGGUUUCCAGAGAAAUGUCUGACUGUCCAGGGCAGGUGCCAAACAGUACGGUCCCUGCAUUAAUGCGCUUUUGUUUGGGUUCAUCCUCACUGCUUAUCUUUAUGAUAUUUCAGCCGUAUUACCCAGACAGCUAUUUCCUUACAGAUGAAUAUGAGGCUCAGCCAUUUUGGUACAGAUGUGUGUAUAUCCUGCUGUGGGCUAAAGUAAACCUGUACAAAUAUGUGACCUGCUGGCUGAUAACUGAGGGAGUGUGUAUCCUCGCUGGGCUCGGCUACAACGGUCGCGGUGAGGACGGGCAGCCCAAGUGGGAUGCCUGUGCUAAUAUGAGAGUGUGGAUAUACGAGACCACGCCGCUUUUCACAGGGACCAUCAACUCCUUUAACAUUAACACUAACGCCUGGGUGGCCAGGCACAUUUUUAAGAGGCUAAAGUUUUUGGGUAAUAAGAUGGCAUCACAGAUGGCCACACUGUUUUUCCUGGCGAUCUGGCAUGGCCUGCACUCCGGUUACCUGCUCUGUUUCUCCUUGGAGUUCAUAAUUGUCAACGUAGAGAAGCAGGCUCAGGCGAUCAUAAAGGACAGCCCCAAGUUGACGGCCGUUGCAAACAGCCCUCUGUAUCCCCUUAUAUACAUAGUACAGCAGUUUAUCCAUUGGCUCUUCAUGGGCUACCCGUUAGUAGCAUUCUGCCUCUUCACUUACGACAAGUGGCUGAAGGUUUAUUCGUCUGUGUAUUUUUGUGGUCACCUCUUUUUCAUCAUUGCCUUCCUUAUCCUACCAUUCCUUCGUAUGGCAUUGGUGCCUGUGAAAGUGAAGAGCGACAGAAAAGAGGACUAGAGAGAAAUAGGUUUCUUUGUCUGGUUCUCUGAAAGCUACCUGAAGGGAACUGUGACUGACUGGAAACUUUUUAAGGCCUUUAACUAUAUAUUAUAAAUAUAUACACACAUGCAUAAAUCUGUACAAACAAAUUUGUUUCCUUAUGUUUUUUUUUUUUUUUUUUUUUUUUUUGGGCUGACGAUGAAGAAGAAGAAUCAUUUCAGAUCAAGAGAAGGAGAGAUGGAGAAUGCUCUCUGAGUGGUACAAUAUAUAUAUAUUUAUAUAUUGAUUAAAUGUGAAAGAAUUUUAGUUUUUCAGGAGACUUUUUUGUUAAGAGGUAGAGAAAUGUGGAGGCUAAUUAAUAUCCAUACCCAUCCGUACAGGAUUUUCAGCCACAGUAUUGCACUCCUAAGCUCUCUAGUUUGGGGAAUCUUGGUAGCACCUGCUGAUGAUGUCAUUUUCAGCAAAACCAAACAACCCAGUCUGAGAGCUGGCCUGAAGGCUGCCUGCAUUUCAACUUUGUUUGGGUGUUUUUGGCGUUUUAUUUCCUUUUUUCACUCGUUUUCGUAAAUCUGCAGCCACUGGUCAGAUUUACACAAAACACUGUAAUAUAUAAAACACAGAAUGUGCAGUGAAACUUGGAUAUACCUUGGCGUGUAAAUGAGUAUUAUUGUUUAAUUUCUAAUUUAACAGAUUUUUCACAAUAUUUUUAGCAAUUUUAGAAUGGGUUGACGAUUUUGUAAUUUUGUAGCUUUUUCAACAAAAAUAAGUCCACAAUAACGAAUGUGAGGACUUUGUCAACUUUUUCACUCCCACAUACUCGUCCGUCCCGGUCUCUGCGUAAAUUUAAACACAUACUAUAAAAUAAUUCAAACUACUUGCCAAAAUGAUAAUUUUUGUAUUGCUUAAAAUCUUAAUCACUUGGCCCCAAUGUUGACUAAACUAAAGUGAGGAAAUUUUUUCCUGACUCAAAGUGAAAAAGAAGUGACUCGCUUUCGGGGAUAGUUUUCGGGGAUUUUAAUAUUUAUACUUGUUCAACAUUUCACCGAUGUUGUUCGGUUAACUAAUUUUGCCUUACUGUUACCAAAUGUAUGGAAAAAAACGAUUUUAAAUGAGCCAUUUCUUUUGCAAUGGUCAUUAAAAAUGCUGGAUUUGAUGAAAAUCAGA